CAUUUGAAUGGAUGCAAGGUCAAGGCUGGUUCGAGCUUUUAAUGAUUAUGGGGGUCGUGUAUCCAGUGAACAGAUCCUUAAGUUCAUUAAAGAAGAUGAACUAUUAAAACAAGAACCGCGAUAUUCUGUGAAAAAACUUAUUGCUUCAAUUGCUGUAGUCGAAUACGACUUGGACAAAAUGAGAUAUUUAGUAUUAAAAGACUUAGUUCGGGAUAAAGAGAAUCUAACUUCUAAUAAAAUGUGCCAAUCUACUCAAACAACAACAACAUCACAGCCUCCAGAUAACCAGAAUAUGCCAAAAUCAAUUCUGUCAUCUCAGGAAAGUCAGUCAAUAAAAUCUCCAGUACCCAAUAGGUCAGCUCCACCUCAAUUAGUUCCUGACACUGCCACUACCAUUCCUACCAGUGAUGCCAGUGAUGCUACCGUUCGUCCUCCCGUCUAUUCUACAUUUACGAGCAAUGAAACUCGUUUAUGGUGGAUGGCAGUUAUCGAUUGUCGUUUGGCCGAUAUGAAACGUUUGUUAGGACUUAAUCCGAAAUUAGCCAGUUGGGCAGAUCCAGUGAAUGGUUGGACUGCAUUACAUUAUGCAGCAAAAUUUGGUAAUAUCAAUUGUUUGAAAUUAUUAAUUAAUCAAUAUCAUGCUAAUGUGAAUACACGAAGUAGGGUAAGUUAA